AUGGUUCCUGACAUGCAGGAUCAGGCCUUUACAUGUGACACCCCUGAAUUGCACUUCAGCCUUGGGGAAGAGUGGUCUGGGAAAAGCCAGAGGUUUCGUUACCUCCUGAAGGGAGAAUCACCCGUCAUCUCUCCAGAUGUCAUGAGCGUCACCGCUCUAUACAGCCGCAGCCUCUGCCUCCGAUAUGGUCAGCGCUUCUCAGCUGAGUGCAGUGGUGCCCACUUGGAUGAGAGGCAGCCCACCUUCAGCUGCUCCUGCCAGCCCCCCAUGGAGGUUGAAAUUGCUUUGCAGCCCUUCCUGGGGUGUGCCCUCUGCCUCUCUCUGGGCCUUGAAGUUAGAAACCUCCAAGGACGAUUCUCCCGCUCCCUGCUGACCCUGGGCCUCGCUCCCAAGCCCUGGUGGACUCUGGUGCUGGUCAUGGCGUCCUGCCCCAGCUCUGCGGGAAGCUGGGAACAUGCUCAGACCUUGGCUGUGUGGAUUCUCGGGCCCUGGGGCCUGAGUGCUCCUGAGAAGCACCCCACCUGCCACACGGCCCCAGGCACAAUGAUGGUCACUGGCUUUGCACCACCAGCCCCCCACCCCCCGCCACUGAUGAAUGAAACUGUAACUGGCACGCUCAUCCUCCUGUUCAGGGGCUGUGUGGAGGGGGUUGGUGGUCAAAAAAUGCAAGUUCAGCUCUUCCGCUGCCUUUUUAAAUCCAGCUCCAUACAACGUUCCGCUGCCGCAACUCGGUCUGCGCGGCAGCACCUUCCCGACCACUCCGCCGCUACGGAAGACAUGAACGAGUGCAGCAACAUAGAGGAAUUCGCAGAGGGAUCCAGGAUCAACGCGAGCAAGAACCAGCAGGAUGACGGUAAAAUGUUUAUUGGAGGCUUGAGCUGGGAUACAAGCAAUAAAGAUCUAACUGAAUAUUUGUCUCGAUUUGGGGAAGUUGUGGACUGCACGGUUAAAACAGAUCCUGUUACUGGAAGAUCACAAGAAGUUGGAUUUGUGCUUUUCAAGGUUGCUGCUAGUGUUGAUAAGGUUUUGGAACUGAAAGAACACAAACUGGGUGGCAAAUUGAUAGACCCUAAAAGGGCCAAAGCUUUAAACGGGAAGGAACCUCCCAAAAAGGUUUUCGUGGGUGGGUUGAGCCCAGAUACUUCGGAGGAACAAAUUAAAGAAAAUUUUGGAGCCUUUGGAGAGAUUGAAAAUACUGAACUUCCUAUGGAUACAAAAACAAAUGAAAGAAGAGGAUUUUGCUUUAUUACACAUACAGACGAGGAGCCAGUAAAGACAUUGUUAGAAAGCAGAUAUCAUCAGAUUGGUUCUGGGAAGUGUGAAAUCAAAGUUGCACAACCCAAAGGGGUAUAUAGACAGCAACAGCAACAACAAAAGGGAGGAAGAGGUGCUGCAGCUGGUGGGCGAGGUGGAACUAGGGGGCGAGGCCGAGACUACAGUGGGCAACAGAGCACUUGUGGCAAGGCAUCCCGAGAGGGUGGCAAUCACCAAAACAAUUACCAGCCAUAUUAA